CCAUAACCUAAAAACUUGCAGUGCGGAUAUGUAAUAUUUUAUUUUUGGAGUGAAUAUUUAACAGUUUAGUAUCGAAAUUUGACACUGCGAGUGCAGUGAAGCUACCUUCGAGUUUCGAAUGAGUGCGCGCUACUUCUACCUGCAGAUUGACGUGAUUGGAGAUAAGGUUGAGCCCCUUGAGGUGCGGCAGAGUAUACAGGCAGCCUGCGGGAAAGUGUUUGGAGAGUGCGGCUCUGUGCUGCCUGUGGACGUGCUGACUGUGCAGCACUCACACGCUGGUGGACGUGCGUUAGUGCGGGUCCCGGCUCGUCACCUAGUCCGCGCGCGCGCCGCGCUGCUGCUCGCGGCUCCAACGCUCCGCGUCGCCCGCCAGGCCGCCUCGCUGCAGGCCUUGAUAUAACACACAUCACACCACAGGUCCAUCAUGUCGAUAUCCCGCAUCGAGAGCGGCCCCGGCGGCAAGGACGUGCUGCUGAUCGCGUCGCCGGCGGCGCUGGCCGAGCCCUCGCGCGUGUCGCUGCCGGAGCCCGCGCCGGCCGCCGGCCUCAUCCUGCCCGACGGCUCCAUCAACUGGGGCUGCCCCUGCCUCGGCGGCAUGGCCACCGGGCCCUGCGCGCAGCCCUUCCGGGACGCCUUCUCCUGCUUCCACUACAGCGAGGCGGAGCCGAAGGGCAGCGACUGCUACGAGAAGUUCAGCGAGAUGCAGGCGUGCAUGGCCAACUACCCCGAGCUGUACGGCCGCGACGACGACGAGGAGGCGCUGCCCGGGACCGAGCCCGCGCCCGCGCCCGACGCCGACAAGCUCGCCCAGCCCUAG